AUGGGGCCCACGAGGAACUACAAGAGCACAGUGGAAAGAGCCCAGUGCACACUGCAGGAUCCAGAGAAGCUUUCAGGAGCUCUGAUCAAUGUGGCAAAGCACCUGGGCAACCUGAAGUUCAGAGUCUGGGAGAAGAUGCAGGAGAUUGUUCAAUACACUCCUGUCACUCUGGAUCCCAACACUGCACACCCACGACUCAUCCUGUCUGAGGAUCUGACCAGUGUGAGAGGUGGCGAUGAGAUACAGCAGCUUCCUGAUAACCCAGAGAGAUUUGAUAAGUAUGCCAGUGUGCUGGGCUCUGAGGGCUUUAACUCAGGGACACACUGCUGGGAUGUGGAGGUUGGGGAGAACCCAUGGUGGAAUGUGGGUGUGAUGACAGAGUCUCUCCAGAAGCAGGGAGACUUCUACUCCAAGAGUGGACUGUGGUUUGUGUGGUAUAAAGAUAGUAAAUAUAGUGCAUGUGCCUCACCACAGCCUGACACUCUCCUCACACUGAAGCAGAAACUCCAGAGGAUCAGAGUGCAGCUGGACUGGGACAGAGGAGAGUUGUCUUUCUCUGACCCUGAUAGUAAUACACACAUACAUACCCUCAAACACACAUUCACUGAAAGAGUGUUUCCAUACUUCAAUAUGGGCUGUACGGUCUCACCUCUUAGGAUCCUCCCAGUGAAGGCCUCAGUGAGAGUAGAUCAGCACAGUUAAUGUUGGACUUGAAAUGGUCAACUGCAUCAUAUGAUGAAAUAAUCUUAAUGACCUCUGUCUCUGUCCAAUCUAUCUCUAAUACAAGUGAAUGUACAAAAAUGAAACAUGGUUUCUGCAUGUAAACACUAGUAAUGGGGCUCACUUUCAUGCCUUCUUGGCUACUUUCAUGUGGCCUAUUCUUUUUUUUUUUGAUUGAUGAACACUUUCAAUACUUUUGUAUCUUGUUUGUGAGAAUAUGACUGUGAAUUGUAUCCUAAAGGUUUGAUUUAGAUGUAUUGAAUAAUUUGAUGGGUCAUCGUCAAUGUAACUACCAGAACCCUACACUGCAAGCACCCUUGUCUAUUUUUACAGGAAUUAAUGAAUAAAU